CUCGAGCCGGGCGGCAGCACGAGAUCUGGAUCGCGGGCUGUUCUCGAAGCGUUGCCGUCCCGAGUAGGAGAGGGACCUCGCGUUCCUCACACAAGUCGAGGCAUACACGUCCCGGCCGUGGUCGUGGUCCACGACAGGUAGGUGGGCGCUGACGGCAGCCUACCAUCAGAAUGAGACUCGGUGCCGGCUCGUCUUGGGGGAGCGACGAGGUCAACCGUUCCAGCCGGUUUGACUUCGCGAUGACGGGCGUUUCGUGGUUUGAGGACCAGAUCCAGUGAGAGCAAGAGGCCGCCAUUGUAAAAUGUUUCAAAACAACUAUGCAAGGACAGCUGUCAGUUUUUUCCCAUCUCUUUCUAUAUCAGCCCUGUAUAUAUGUGUGUGUGCUCCUACUUGGCGCUCGCUCGUCUCUGUUUCUAUUUUUAUAGUUGGCUGGAAACAGCCAUACGCGCCGUGCGUUGCGAAGGCACGAAACUGGCCACCUGGGCAUUUAAGUAGUCUUUUUUCGGCGAGGAAAUGAAAAAGUCUACCGAUGCAUACACACACACACACACACACACACACACAUAUUCAAGUGACUCAAACUAUUCUAUUACUGUCUGCAAGUCAUGUUCUCCAAGAAACACCGACAUAGGUGUACCAGAUGUGGUAGCACUCGCUCAACACGCUUCCAUCGGCGGUAUCCCGCAGGUCCCAAUCACCCAGAGGCCAAGGGCGUCUGCCGUCGAUGUCGAAUCCGAGGGGACGUGAUCGAAGUGCAAAUCCAUCACCAUCAUCAUCAUCAUCACGGCUGGCCUCAAGAGCCCGACGAAGCUCGGCCCCGGGGUCGAGGGAGCCGUGGGGCCCAUCCCCAUAUUGCGCAUAGCAUUAUGCACCCCUCUUCUGCAGCCUAUCCCCGCAUAUCGCCAGCGGCCGCUGAGCCGCCACCGGUCUAUUCGGAGCUUCCGGAUAGCCAGUCUACCUCUACAGUCCCGCGAGUUGAGCGUGUGGCCAGUCACGGAUCGCCUCCCCGGGAGCCAUGGGCAGAUCUUCGCGAAACGAGACAGCAGCCAGCAGGUGUCCUAAAGCCCGUGAUCAAACAUCUAGGCGGGCUUCUUGGGCGUCUGUUUGGAACACCCCAUGAAUGACAGCAUGAUAGGCAGGAUUCGGGCGAACAAAGGAGCAGGCAAUCUGGACUGGAAAAAGAUGCAAAGGUAGGCAAAGGUGGUCAAAGCUCUAGGAAUGUAUACAAUGUAACUUACCCCCUUAUCUUAUCUUAUCAUUUACUAGCUAUAGAGCUCCCCUAUCCUACUUUCCCCAACGUUGUAUUAUAUAAGCAGCGACUUCCUAG